AUGGCUCACCAGCGCGCCGCCUCAGCUCCCCUGGGGGAGCGCAUGUUGCACGCCGUAGAUUUAACUCCUUCCGGCCGGCCCGUGCUGUUCCCCGGCGAGGUAGAGAGCCUCUUAAUCGACGACGCGGGGAUUGAAUUCGAGGAGGUAAGCUCCGGCGCUUCCGCCGCCCAUCCCGCCGCAAAUUCCGGCGCGGUUCUCGAAGCGGAGUCGCUUCGCGAUGGCGUCGCGUCGCUCACCACACACCGGUUGAUCUGGAUCGACGAACGGCCGGCGACAGGUGGUAACCGGAAACGAGCUUUUGCCAUACCCCUCGUGGCCAUCGCGAAUGCUUCUGCUGCAGGGUGGCGACUCACCUCAGUUUUCGCCUCCCCUCGUGUUCGCAUGUACGUCUUACUAGACCCGCAAGGGCGGGCGGUUUUGUCUUCUUCUGCCAUUGGCAGCAGCAGCUACAGCACGCAGAGCAGCAACUUAGGGACUAAUUUAGGACGAACCGCGUCCUUAGUAGCCGUUUUAAGGGGCCAGGCACCUGCUGACGUGUUCUUGAAAAAACUUAACGAAGCUUUAGCGGCUAGAAAGUGGCAAGAAUCACCUUUUCCGAGGGUAGUACCCCCCAAUACUGCUGGCUCCGCGUCUCUCCCCGCCCCGCCGAUAGGCGCAGCAGCAGCGCUUGGCGCAUAUGGGGGGAGCGGAACAGGGGGAGCAGCAACUGGCGGAGUCAACCCCUUGUAUUGGGGCAGCGGGGCGUAUGGAAGCGGGGAAAAGGGCGCAGGAGGGGGAGCGUGGGGAGCGGGGGGAGCAGGGGGAGCGGGGGGUGCAGGGGGAGCGGGGGGGCCUUCCCCAGUGCAGUUCAGCACAGCAAUGGCGGGGGUGGGGGGCAUUCUGAGGCGCGAGGCGGAGCAGAAGCAGGCCACGGAUCGCAGCCUGCAGGAGGCAUUUGCCGACUUGAAUGCUCUCAUGGCCAAGGCGAGCGAGAUGGUCAAGCUGGCAGAGAGAAUGCGACAGAAGCUGCAGCAGCAGCAGGGCACGGCGAGUGGGGAAAUCGCCCCUUCCCUCUCUUCCUCUUCCUCCUCCUCCUCCUCGUCAGCAGCAGCAGCAUCAGAGGAGCUGCAGGACCUGCUGUUGAAGAUGGGUAUUGAGUCGCCCGUCACACGAGAGACAGCAGGGGCAUUGUACCACAGACAACUGUCCCGAGAGCUUGCAGAUUUCAUAGGUCCCGUGUUGGAGAAGACAGGUGGCACGAUGCUGUUGGUCGACGUGUACUGCAUAUUCAAUCGAGCCAGAGGCACAGAGCUAAUAUCACCAGACGAUCUUCUCAAGGCCUGCUCACUCUGGUCCUCCUUCAACGCCCCUGCGGUGCUGAGGCGCUUUGACAGUGGCAUCCUCGUGGUACAGCUCAAGACUCACAACGACGAGCAUGUCACCCGCAAGAUCCAGGAGAUGGUAUCGACCAAUGAGGCGCAACGAGUCGGGGUGUCCAUUGCUGACGUGGCGCAGGCGCUCGGCGUCUCGCCAGCUGUCGCCAAGGAGGAGCUGCUAGCGGCCGAGGCCAACGGUGAGCAACACUAA